AUGAGCUCCCGCGUCUCCCCCCGAAGCGCCUCGGACGCAACGCGCUUCACAUCGACCACCCCGCACGCCGCCUCCAAAAGCUCGACUCCCCCCCCACGAUCCUCAGCAGCAGCAAAAGCCGGCGCGAAAACGACACAAAGCACCAAUGCCGCCGCCGCCUCCAGGACCACACCACAAAAGUCUUCGUCGGCGACUCCCGGCAGGCUACCGGGCGAGACCCCCGAACAGCGCGUCCGCCGCCUCCGGGCCGCCCACGAGGCCGCGCGCAAGGCCCAGACCAGCAGCGUCGACCGCGUCAUCGGCGGCAGCCGGAGGUUCUUCGACGUCGCGCACAAGGCCACCGUCAUCGGACUCGUCGGGUUCACGGCCAUCGCAGGCCUCGUCUCCGUCUACUCCGUCUACGACAUGGUGACCUACAACAAGCAGCGCCGCGCCGACUUCAUCGAGGCCCAGCGCAAGAUGGAGGAGGACUCCCUCGCCACCGCCCGCCUCGCCUUCAUCAACGGCACCGCCACCGACGCCCAGGUCACCCUCGUCGAGGAGGCCAACGCCCGCGCCCGCGAGACCGGCGUCAAGCUGCCCCCGCUCCUCUCCGCCCCCACCGUCACCACCCAGGCCGAGAAGUUCUUCGGCAACGGCCAGCAGAGGACGACGGCGCAGGAAGACCCUGCAGCUGCUGCGGCAACAUUUACCGAGACUACCGAAGCGCCGCAGGAGAAGAAGAGCAGCAGCAGCUGGUGGCCCCUCUCCUCGUCAUCAUCAUCACCCUCAGAGAACAUCCAGGACAAGGCCAAGGCCGCGUUCGAGCGGGAGAGGGAGAACCAGAGGCGCGGGGGCGCGCUGGACCAGAUCGGGCUGCCGGCGGAGGAGAAGAAGGUCGAGAAGAAGGGGUGGUGGUGA